GCAACGCAACUGGCGUAGUCUUUCACUUCCUGUUAGCUCUGUGAAGAUAGCGGACGAGCGGUCGAAGAAAUUACUGAUGUAUUUAUGUGAAAUCGGAGCAUAAUUGUUCAGGAACGCUAUUCUGGAGCCCCUGGGGUCCAUAUUUAGGAGACGACAAUGAUCCGCUUCAUCCUCAUCCAGAACCGAGCAGGGAAGACACGACUGGCCAAAUGGUACAUGCAGUUUGAUGAUGAUGAGAAGCAGAAGUUGAUUGAGGAAGUGCAUGCUGUGGUAACUGUCAGGGAUGCCAAGCACACCAACUUUGUGGAGUUCAGGAACUUCAAGAUCAUUUACCGGCGUUAUGCUGGUCUGUACUUCUGCAUUUGUGUGGAUGUGACUGAUAACAACUUGGCAUACCUCGAGGGAAUCCACAACUUUGUAGAGGUGCUGAAUGAGUAUUUCCACAAUGUGUGUGAAUUGGACCUUGUGUUCAACUUCUACAAGGUGUACACGGUGGUGGAUGAGAUGUUCCUGGCAGGAGAGAUCAGGGAGACCAGUCAAACCAAGGUCCUCAAACAGCUCCUCAUGCUCCAGUCGCUUGAGUAGAAACCGGACACCCAUCCUUCCUGCCCGCCUCGGCACCGAAAUCAACCUCCCCUUAACUCUGGAAAAAGGACCCCCUAUCAUUGGCCUGCCUCUACAGAGCAGACUUCACUCCUUAGAGAACUUAAGGGGCGGGGUGUUUUUAGAAAUAGAAAUACAGAAUAUUGUUUACAUAUGGAUAUAUAAUAUGGAAGUUCAAUUAACCUGUUUGUCAUAGCAGUCUAUCUGUUGUACUUCUAAUGAAGUCAUGCAGCAUGAAGGCUGUACAUUUCAACAUGUUAACAUCUCAUAAAGCCUUGUUACCACCCAAAGUACCAGGAACUUUUCGUGUCAGGAACUACUUUUCGAUAAAACCAAAAGGUUUCUUCAACCUGUUUGUUGCGUUUACGCCACAAAGCUUUAGGGAAAUUUGUCCCUGGAACUUAAUUUAGACCCUGUUCCUGCAGUGGAAACGCACCGAGUUCCUCAAGGUUUCUAGUCCCUGGGGUGGAAAUGCGGCUUUAGUCACAAUCAACUUUAUAUUCUGUUCACUUUCCCCAAAGCUGCAGAAAAUGAUUUAUUUCAUGUGGCAACCAGUUAGUAUGUGCAUUUAUAUCGCUGUGCAGUGUGGAAACACUGAUGUAGAUCAGUCUCCUGCGUUCCUCCUCUCCUCCCCUCAUUACUCUCAACAUUCAUUCAAUGGCACUACUGUAACUAACAAGCACCAUGUAUAAAGAGAGACCGCCUGUAAUGAUACGUGUGCGUUCAUUGAGCACUUACAACAGCCCUGCAGCCAGUCCUAUAAAUCCACCAGAAGACAGCCCUCGCCUAUGAUGUGGCAGCAGACUCGUCACGCCUUCUGCUUGUUUUGUAUCUGGAUCGCAGUACAAGCAAACUACAACUAGAAAGCCCUUUAGAGCAAUUGACCCGCCAUGGCAGGUUCAUUAUUGAAUGGAGUGUACUCAGGAUGAGUGCCAUUCUGACAGGGUGUUAUUGCGACCUGUGCGCCGUGUCAGACGUGGCUGAUGAUGAUAAACAGUGUAGGUUAUGUUAGCAGCUCUGUGGAUGUUGUAAUCGUUCUCAUUAUGUUUCAGACUGUCGAGAUCAUUCAAUGCAACUCAGUACGUUAAAUGGUGCUUGUUGGUCACGCUUAAAAACACUUAAGACACAAACGCACUCAGAUAGACUCAGACUUUGGAGAGUGUGUUUUACAUAGGGCAGUACUGUGAAGUUUGCUUCGUAUGGUGUGUACAUACAGUGUAUCUUGUUGAAUAUUGUGAAAUUAACACAUUCAUUCCAAAACGAGUGCUUCUUGCUCACUGUACGGUCUGAGCAGUUAGAAUAAAUUGGCUUUUAAAUUCCUCCUGCAAGCUUCAUGAACUUUGGCAAAAACAAAUGUCCCUUUGCUGGACUUUUAUGUUUAUGAGGUCGCUCGUUAUACUCUAAUUUUAACCAUAUCCAGUCACAGUGGUGUCAAAGGUGGUUUCACAAUGUUACUGUUGUUCAACUUUUGUAUUUUCUUUCUUUCUUUUUUUUUAAUGAUUAGGCAAUUGUGAAAUAUGUACUGCUUCCCUUAUUGUCCACCUGUGUGAGUCUGUUGAUGGAAGACGUGUGUGUGUGUGUAUGUGUUUCUGUCUACGACUCUGCUACCCGCAUCAAUACGUCCCAUUAUAUGUAAAUAAUAAAAUAAACAGAUGAAGUGAUACAUCAACA